AUGGUAGAUCAACCUAAUGAUGAUGUUCCUCGACGUACAUAUGAUGAUGAGGAUUAUGAUCAGCUCGGUACACUAUUGUCCUUCGAUGAAUUUCAAUGUUCAGACAACAGCCCGAUAAAUGAUUUUGAUCCGCAAAUGCUGUGUCUUGAUCAAGUUCCAUAUUUAAAUAGCAGCUUGAGAAAUGAUUUGGAUAAAUAUUCACCGCUAUCUUUCCAAAGUCCAGGUGAUCUUUUUAAUAAUAAAGACGUCGUUUCUCAUAGUCUCGAUGUGCAGGCAACAGCGUCAGUUAUGCCUAAUAAUGAUAUUGUUGUUGAAGAAUUAUUUUCUGGUCAAAACUUAGGGGUUAUACACUAUCGUAACGAACCAGUCAAUAAGGAGACUGUUAGUACAACUCCUUCUGGCGUGGAUGAAAAUAACACGGAAACAGUUGCUGAUAUAUCAUCUGAACCCAGUCUGGAUGCUUUAGAGGCUUUGUUACUUCGUGAAAUUAAAAAUCUUAUGGAAGAAUUUAAGCAGUUUCAGGGACAAGCCAAUUUAAGAAACAUUGACGAAUUGAUUAAAGAACGUAUAAUGACUAUUAUAAAACAUCUACCAGCUGAUCUUCGUCUUCGCUAUGAAUCUGAGCAUCGACGUCGAGUAUCUCCCAAAAAUCCUAUGAAGAUUGACAUAUCCAAUGUACAGUAUAUUCAGUCAAGCUCUGACGAAACUUUUUUUAUUCGAUUGCUAUUAGCUUCAUCGAUCGAAAAUCCAGCUGGCGAAAUAUGUCUUCAUCCAAAUAAAUUAGGAUAUGUUUCCAAUAAUGAAGAAGAUGCAGAAGUAUUAGACGAUGGAACUCUUGCUGUUCGUUUAACUGCAGAUGAUAUUAACAACGGAAUAAAAACAUUCACAGAUUUAUCAAUGACUAAACGAACGCUAGAAACAUAUAAUCGUCAAUUAACGCCACUUAAGCUAUACGGAAUUGCUGAUGAUAUACUUGGCAAUGCAACAGUCAAGGACGUAGCCGAAGCUAAAACAAUUUUUAGUACAUAUCAACUGGAAGUUAAUUGGAUUAUUUGUCAAUUAGUGAUCAAACAAAAUCAAUCGUUAACGUAUACAGAUAUUCACUGUUUGAUUUAUUUAGAGCAACCAACAAAACGAUCAAUAGAACCAAUUGAAGAUGACGAAGAGGAAGAAGAAGAAAUCGAAAAAAGUCCAAGUCGAUCAAAAUCGAAACCAAUAAAACGAAAGACAAUUUUUCAUUAA